AAGAGUUAUGAUGAAAGCCAUUGUUUUUGCAUUUUUUUUAAAGUUAAAAGAGAGAGAGUCAAAUACAGCAGCCCUUCUAUAAAAGAAGAGCGAACUUGGUUUGUUUGAUAGAUUUUAUUACAACAAAAAAGAAAAAGGAGGAGAAAGCUCGAUGGAGGAGAAUUUGAAGAAGAGAUCUGAUGAUCGAGGUGGUGCAGUUGUGAAGAAAGAGAAGAUAGCUGAUUCUUGUGCUGAUGAUGAAGACGCUCCUGCCAAGGUAGGAGAUAAAAGACCCUGUUGUGAGAAUGAUGAUAAAAAGCCAUCUUCCCCUGGAAAAAAGGAUUUAAGCAGCAGCAACAACAACAAGGUAUCUCUAAAAUCUGAUACUGAAAGAACCGAACCUGAGUACUCCAUGGCUUCUUCUUCAACUCGAAAGGAGCAGGAUGAUCAACUUGAAUCUGCCAAAGCUGAGAUGGGAGAGGUUAGAGAAGAAAAUCAAAGACUAAAGAUGCAUUUAAAUCGGAUUAUGAAGGAUUAUCAGAAGCUACAAAUGCAAUUUUAUGACAUUGUUGGACAAGAUUCAAAGAAAUCCCAAGCAGCAGAAAAUAAUGACCACCACCACCAACAAGAAGAAGAAGAACCCGAGCUUGUGUCUCUUACACUUGGAAGGUUUUCGAGUGAUUCGAAAAAGGAUGGUAAAAACAAAGCAUCCAGCAGCCAUGGAAAAGAGGAGGAGAGAGGGAAUGAAGGCUUAUCUCUUGGCUUAGAUUACAAGCUAGAAGCUUCUAAGUCUGAGGUAGAUGAUGAAGCUUUGCCAAAUCCAAGCCCAGUGAACGGUACUCAAGAACUCAAGGAAGAGGAAACAUGGCCACCAAGCAAAGUUCUCAAGACAACCAGAACCGGAGACGAUGAAGUUUUGCAACAAAACUCUGUUAAGAAAGCUAGGGUUUGCGUCAGAACCAGAUGCGAAACUCCCACGAUGAAUGAUGGAUGCCAAUGGCGGAAAUAUGGGCAGAAGAUUGCUAAAGGAAACCCUUGCCCUCGGGCAUAUUAUCGUUGCACAGUUGCACCUUCAUGCCCUGUGAGAAAACAGGUUCAAAGAUGUGCUGAAGACUUGUCGAUCUUAAUCACAACUUAUGAAGGAACCCACAAUCAUCCACUUCCGAUGUCAGCCACUGCAAUGGCUUCCACCACUUGUGCAGCAGCUUCAAUGCUAUUGUCUGGUGCAUCGUCGUCGGGUUCCAGUGUUGCAUCGUUAACUUCCACCGCCAACCUCCAUGGGCUCAAUGUCUACCUAUCUGAUAACUCAAAAUCAAAGUUCUACUUGCCCAACUCUUCACUCUCGGCUGCCUCAUCACACCCAACAAUCACUCUUGACCUUACUUCAACACCAUCUUCAUCCUCAUCAUUUCCUUUCAAUAGGUUUUCUUCAGCUUAUCCCACUACAUCAAGAUAUGCUUCCGCAAGUCUCAGCUUUGGCUCUUCCGAAUCCAACACUGUGUCUUGGGGCAAUGGGCUUCUUAGCUAUGGUAGUCCAAGUACUCAACCCUACAUGAAAAACCCUCUUAACAUUAAUGGGAGACCACAGUCCACCAUGGAGAACAAUAGCAUUUUUCCAUCUUCCAUGCAAAAGAAUAACCUAAAUCCUCCUCAACAGCCAUUACCGGAUACCAUCGCUGCAGCAACCAAAGCAAUCACAACAGACCCCAAUUUCCAAUCUGCUUUAGCGGCGGCUCUCACAUCAAUCAUUGGAACCGGCAAUAAUAAUAAUGGUGGUGGUGGUAGCGGGGAGAGCUUGGCACAAAGGUUGAAAUGGGGAGAGCAAACAUUUGCAGUGAACGGAAAUGGAUGUGGCUCAAGCUUCUUCAACAAACCACCUCCUUCCACAACUUCCCAACCAGGGAGUUUGAUAUUUCUACCACCUAAUUCUUUGCCAUUUUCAACACCCAAGAGUGCCUCCACAUCUCCUGGUGAUACUGGGAAUCACACCAAUUGAUUGUUUUUUCUUUUCUUCUCUUUUUUUGAAUAUUAAUUUGUAAUUAAGGAUGUUAUUCAUUAGUCUUAAUUGGCAUGUAAUAAUAGCAAGUUUGAAUAUUAACUUUCCUCUCAAUGACAAGGAUGAGAGGCAUGGAAAAUUUGAACAA